AUGAUUUCUGCAUCAAGUCUGGCGAAGACCUCUCAAAAUCAAGUUAAACAAAGAAGAAAGAAGAAAAUUAUAGAGUUGAUAGAUGUAGGUGGGAAGAAAGUAAGUAAGACAUCUACUGGUAAGAGAAAAUUCCACAAUAAAUCGAAGAAUGGCUGUGAUAAUUGUAAGAGAAGAAGAGUUAAAUGUGAUGAAGCUAAACCGGCUUGUGUGAAAUGUUCUAAUAUGAAAUUGGAUUGUGUAUAUUCUAUAAUUGAUACACCACAACGUCCUCCAAGCACUUUGACCACGACAAUCAUCAUUGAUAAGACGGUAGAACCGAAUGAGGAAGGUGCUGUUCGAAUUAAAACUCCCAACAACCAGCUGAAAUUGAAAAAGAAGAAGGAACAUAAAGCAAGAUCAAAGAGUAGGAAAAACGAACCAAGUUUAGCUAAUGAAUACAAAGGGAAACGUGGUCGGGUUGAAAUUAAUGAUAACAAUAUAUUGGAUAAUUCAGACCAAGGUUUACAAGGCCCACCUUUGCUCACUGUGAAAAAAGAAGAAGGUGGAAAUCCCAUUAGAGAUCAAAGAAAAGGUUCCAUUGUGGUGCAGUUAAAUUCACCAGAAAAGUUGAAUUUGGCUGGCAAUAUGGAUGCAUUGUUACUACCAUCACUAGCUAACCAAAAUUCAGGAAGCAAUUCUUUUUCUUUACAACAACAAUUAUUUUUAUUACCACAACUAAUGUCAUUAUCAAACUCAGAAAAAUUUACGAAUUUCGAUUUAUCGAGUUUAGGGAAUCUUACUAUACCAAACGCAACGAACAACAAUAACAUAUUUCAGAAAGGCCUUAACGCUAACAAUAAGAACUCUAGUUCAAAUCCAAUUUCAAACCCAUUAAACCUUGAUUCACCGCUGCAGUCUGCUCCAUUAAAUCAUUCAACUAGUAUUAGCAGCAUGCUUUCGAUGAAUAAGUUUUCAAUCCCACAAAAUAUGUUCGGUGGCAAUAUUGGAGGCAAUAACAAUAUGACCCAGCCUGUCUCACUAAAUAGCAAUUCCAACAAUUCAAAUAAUGUUAAUAAUAAUUUCCAAAAUACUGGCAAUAACAGUUCCAAUGGUAAUAAUAGCCAAGUAAAGCCAAACCAACAAACUAUAAAUAUAGAUUCAAUGGCGUUGUUAAAGAAUGCAGGAAUAAAUUUGAAAAGUAUAUUAGAAGGUACACAAUUAUCAGGUUUAGCACAAUGUGAUCCGCAAGAUUUGUUGAAUUUCCAAAAGGCAGGUCAAUCGAUGCGUAUUAACAUUGCCGAAGAAGUUCUUUCAAACAUGCAGAAACAGAUGAUAAGGUCUUUAAACUCUCAAGGCAUUUCUACAAACAACAAUAGUCCGCAAACUGUUGGAACUCCAAAUGCGGUGAACAAUCCUACGAUUACACCAUCUGCUCAAAUGUUGCCAAUUAAUAGAAACAUUUUGGAAUCUGAGAAUAGUAACCUAAGUCCAUUAGUGCCACCACUACAAAAUAUGAAUAAUAUAAAUACUCCUUCUAACCUCACCAACAUAUUUGACCGCCGAAGGUCCAUUAAUAUUGAUAACAAUAGUUCUAACGGCAAUAUUAAUCAUAACCAAACCAUAAGUCAGCAUGAUUCUUUUGAUAUACAAAGUACGAUGAAUGGUAUCAAUGAAUCCUUAUCUAAAAAGAUGAUUCCGGAACGAGAUGGGACUUACAACGACUCAUUAUCAGUAUCUGGAGCAAACAACAUUUCAUCAACUCAUGGUAAUUUCAAAAAUAAAAGCAAUAGCAAAAGUUCCAUUGUUAAUUUGGUAAAAAUGUCUCAAGAAGUUUCUUUAAAUUUAGUUGAUUUGAAAUUGCUAUAUCAUUAUAACACAGUCGUUUGGAAGACAAUUAUCGAUGCCGGUAUAUCCGGUGUCGAAUUGUGGUCCAAGGAGAUUAUUGAACUAGCUUUCGAGUAUCCAUUUUUGAUGCAUUCCCUUUUAGCAUUUAGUGCAACACACUUAUCAAGACGAGAAUAUGGACUAGAGAACUACGUGUCAAGUCAUAGAAUCGAAGCAUUAAGACUUUUAAGAGAAGCUGUAUUGCAGAUAUCUCCAGAAAAUACAGACGCCUUGGUUGCCAGUGCUAUAAUCUUGAUCAUGGAUUCAUUGGCAAAUGCAUCUGGUGGAGUAGCAUACAAUCCAUAUAGGAGUUCCUCAGGAAACAUAAAUCUGGAUAGCACCGAUAGUGAAAUCGAAUCGCCAACAACCAACAAUGAUGUAGGCAGCACUAUCAGUAACAAUAGCAGUGGUAAUAAUGUUAUGAGCACCAAUGUCAUGUCGGCAAGUGCAUGGAUAUUUCACGUUAAGGGUGCAUCAACAAUCUUAACUGCAGUAUGGCCAUUAGAUGAAUCAUCUAAAUUCCAUGAUCUAAUUUCCAUCGAUCUCAGUGAAUUUAGCAAUUUAAUUACUCAAGAGAUUAGUAAAGUUCAGCAACUCAAGUCGGAGAACGGUCAAGCAACACCAUCGUCCACUGGGACAUCAUCUUUUAUCACAGAAUUGAUCUGUUUUGAUGAAAGCAUCUCUGAUCUGUAUCCAGUCGAGAUCGAUUCACCUUAUCUAGUAACAUUAGCAAUUUUAGAUAAAUUGAAUCGUGAAAGUAAUGAACCAAAUUUCAUUCUAAAGAUAUUUGCGUUUCCUGCAUUGCUAGAUAAAACAUUCCUGGCUUUAUUAAUGACCGGUGAUUUAGGGGCAAUGAGAAUAAUGAGGAGUUACUAUAAGUUACUUAGAGGUUAUACCACCCAAAUGAUGGACAAGGUAUGGUUUUUAGAAGGCGUGUCCCAAGUAUUACCACAAGACGUCGACGAAUACAGCGGCGGUGGAGGUAUGCAUAUGAUGCUUGACUUCUUAGGUGGAGGUUUACCAUCGAUGACGACCACAAAUUUGUCGGAAUUUAUGUAA